AUGUCCACGGAUGAUGGAGCGGGGGAGGGGCAAAGGUCAGUGAGCGAUGAGGCGAGUAAAGCUUUAGACAUUUUAGAAAGACACAAACAUUUGGUCACUGAUGCAGUUGAUGAUACCCAUGGCCUGCUUGCCUGCGUGAGGCUUGGUGUAGAGAAUCAACCAGCCGCAACUAUGGAGCGUGACAGCGUGUUCGAGAAAGUUCCGUCCGAGCGUCUUGUUCCUGCCCUGGUAAUCUGUCGACUCCUGCAGAGGAUCAGCAGAUCCCGCCCAUCACUUGACCCAGUAAUAAAGGCGAUAGAGCUGGCAGGACUAAUAAAAGAAGUGUCCGGUAACGUGGAAAACAAUGUAAUGGAUCAGGAGGAGAUAAACAAAAGGGAUUGUGAGCAGCCAGGGGACAAAGGUCCCCCUGAGCCUGGUGGAAUUGCAGCUGAGAAUGGCAAGAGGAAAGUGAAAGGCAAGCCUGAGUUUAAGCAGAAAUUCACCUGUGCCACAUGUGACAAGAUCUUUGUGUUUCAAUGUCGUCUUGAGCUCCACGAAACGUACUGCCGUAGAGGCAGGCAGCAGAAGCUGAUUGCUUUUGAGGAGUGUGGAGAGGCUCAGGCUUCCCAGAAGGAUCAGGAAAAGCAUGCAAUAGAAGCCAAUGACUCUCCGAAGGGGAAGAAGAGGCAUUUCCCUGUGACUUGUGACAUCUGCGGCAAGUCCUUUGUUCAUCAGUCAGGGCUGUAUUACCACAUGCGCUCAGAUCACUUUGAGGAGAAGCCGUUCUUGUGUCAGGACUGUGGGACCACGUUUGCUGCCAAAUCUACGCUGACCAAUCACAUGAGGCUGCACACGGGGGAGAAGCUGUACGUCUGUAAACACUGUGACCUGAGCUUCGUGUAGUCGGCCGCCCUGGCCUAUCACCUGAAGAAAAAACAUUUGCAAGGGAAAAUGUAUGGAUGCCAGUACUGCGACGCAGUCUUUGCUCAGUCCAUCGAGCUGACGAGGCACAUCCGGACACACACUGGGGACAAGCCGUAUGUUUGCCGGGAAUGUGGGAAGGGAUUCAGUUAGGCCAGCGGGCUGUCCAUACAUCUGGAUGCUUUCCACAAUAUUGAAUACCCGUACGAUUGCCAGAAAUGCAGCAUGAGCUUCCCGUCUCUGGUGGAGCACAAGAUGCACAUCCAGGAGGUGCAUCCUUGUGAAUACAAUCCCUGCGAGAUCUGUGGCAAGAACUUCAGUGCCCUGUCCCUCCUAGAGAGGCAUACAGUCACACACAUGCGGGGAAAAUCAUACAACUGUGAGGUUUACAGCAAAGCCUACCAGCAGCUGUCCGGGCUUUGGUAUCACAAUCAGACACAUCACCCUGAUAUCUUCGCCACACAGAACCAUCGGUCUCCCAGGUUUGCUUCCCUGCUAUUCACUGAAUGUGACAAGAGCGUCAGGAGUGUUGCUGUUCUCAAUAAGCACACGAGGUCUGGUCAGUCAGAUCUCAAAAUGCUGACAUGUGAAACCUGUGAGGAAACCUUUGCCAACCUGGGGCUACUGCACACGCACAUGAAGUCUCAACAUUUGGCAUUGCAACAUCAUGUGAGCACAGAGCAUGCGGCAGAACAGGGCAGGACCUUCCUGUGCGGAGACUGCACUCAGCACUUCAACUCUCAGCAGGCAUUGGAGGAGCAUCAGAGGAACGAGCACUCUAGCAUCUUGUUCACUGAAGCUCAGGAAGCAGCUCAAAUGGUGAAUGUUCAGGUUGUCCAGACCACUGAGCAGCUGGCUACCACAGAGCAGGUGGUUACACUGGAAGAAGCUCAGCUCAGCGGUGUGGGCCCACAACUCUUUGUGUCGUUGCCUGAUUCCCACAAACACUUCGUAGGAUCCCAUGAAAUUGUGGCUUUGAAUGUAGAAGAAUUGCUUGAUGGGACAGUGACCCUGAUCUGGGGAGAUUCUCAAUAAAAAGACUCUUGAGUAGAAUAUGUACAUACGAGCAAAGGCCUUUUGACAGUGUGAAAAGUUCACUGCAUGUAUUUCUUUAGGUACUUGAAGAUCAGUGCCCAUUCAGUUUUCUCCAUCAAAUGCUUUCUUGAACAAUCUAGCAAUGUAAUCACUAACUUUAGUGUCAGUGUUU